AUGUACCUUUUAAUCAAAGUCGUCCGGCGAUUAGCAUUGCUGGAACGCACAUUCCGACUCACCUACUAUUUGCCCCCGGAAGUUACAGUCCCGUCCCAACCGACAGCUUACAGGUGCAACGGAUUGUUGAAUAACGAAGAGCUUACCUACAUACUUGAGGCUCACUUCGACUUGGAACCCCAGAGAAACUUAUCCUGUCCCUACGGAGUAUUUUUUGACCAUUACGAGAGAUAUCAGACUGUGUUUAUCGAGGGGAAAUUUCACAUUGGUGGGAACAUUGUGAAACACCAAACCGCGGAUGAAGAUUUCAAAGGAGACUGGUUUAUGAAAAUGAAUCAGACCGUUUGCGCUCAGAUUGAACAAUGGCGGGUAGAUGAUGCACUGUUUGAAGAAAUCCCGAUCGCCUGUUCCCUCUACUCCGUGGAUUUGAACGACUUGGUCGUCGUACAACUGUCCAUUCUCGACCGGGAUAUUUGUGAGUUGGACAUGCAACCGGACGAGCCUGUUGUGAUUAAGGCAAUUGCAAAAUGGCUGAAACGGGUCAAACCAACCGUGGCGGGAAAUAAAUUUGUGGCAAAAGUAAUUAACCCUGGGCAACAUUAUGAACCGUCGAUUGAUGACUCGCCAAAAUUUGGUUGUCGUGUAGAAACGAAACGCGUACUACUGCGGGUGCGCGAAUCGAUGAACAUUAAAUCCAUCACCGUUUGGCUAAUCGACCUCAGGGUUCUCCUGAUCAGUGAUGGCAAAUUUCUUCUGAAAUCUCGAGUAUCUCGGGUCGUACUAGCUCAACAGUUCGAUGUAACUUCCGGAUAUUUCGAUGGCCCAAUUCAUGUGGUACGGCAGUCACAUACGCGGCUAUUGAACUUUGAAUUUCAUAAGUUUGUGCACAAUCCUCCAUAA